AUGGCCUUUUGGCAUGAGGCCUGGGAGAAAGCGGUCGAGAUUUGGCACGAGAUGAUCAGUGAAGGAUCAUCUACACCAGCUCCCGAUGCAGCGAGCGCCGCGUUGACGAUCCGCGGUUGCUCCCAAGGAAGUAGCUGGCAGGCUUCCGUGGAGGUCUUUCGACAGGCAAAAGCUGUUGAGGGCCUCACAGUUAGCAGCUCUGCCUACAACGCUGUGCUGUACGCUGUGGCCGUGGGCAGGAGCUGGGGAGGUGCACUGGCACUCCUCGAGGAGAUGGCAGCGGAGUUCGUUCCGAUGACACGCAGCACCCGCAAUGCAGCACUCCGGGCUUGCACGCUUGGGGUUCCGAAGCAGGAGGCGCUUUGGGCCUCCACAAGAGCCCUCGCGCUGCUUCGGGAGCAUGGGCUCAAGACUUCUCGAGAAGCCUGGGAGGCAGAGGGCCUGCCGGCCCAUGCCGAGCUGACCGAAGCUGGCUUGAAUUUCGCUGCAUCACGUGUGGAGCUUCUCCUGCUCAACAUGGAGGGCGAAGAAGCUUCUGGCAUCGAUUUCGAUGAAGGUCCACGCCGCCCAAUGCUGGCCGGCACGAGUCUUAGGGAGGUGAACUCGUCCCUGUCAGCACCUUGCACGAGGAGCUUAGCAUCCACUCGUUUCCCACGGGUCUGUCACUGCAGCUGCUUGGGCUUCCAGGCCCCUAUUCUGCGACGGAUGUGGCUGCCACAGAAUCCUGUCGCGAGGCCCUCCAGUCGCAGGUUAGUGCCGCUUUCAGCCCUGGCGAGGCCAUCGUGCACUUAG